UCCAAGCUGGUCCACGCCAUCAAGAUGGGCUGGAUCCAACCCCGCAAGCCCAAGGACUCGGCUCCGGUGUUUUACGAUCUUUGGGCUCGCGAGGAUCCCAAAUCCGUCCUGGGCCGCCACAAAAUGCACGUCCCGGCCCCAAAACUGCCCCUGCCGGGCCACCAGGAAUCCUACAACCCGCCCCCGGAGUUCCUGCUCAGCCCCGAGGAGGAAUCAGCCUGGCAGCAGCAGGAGCCCUCGGAGCGCCGCCUCAGUUUCCUCCCGCGCCGUUUCCGCUCUCUCCGCGCCGUCCCCGCGUUCCCGCGCUUCAUCCACGAGCGCUUCGAGCGCUGCCUCGAUCUCUACCUGUGCCCGCGGCAGCGCAAGAUGAGGGUGAGCGCCACAAAUUCACCGAAAUCAACAAAAUUCACCCCAAUUCGGG